AUGCGGGAGGAAACUAUUCUGAGUCUUAAGUGGGAGAGUUUCCCGUCCCAGUUGGCUCUUUCUCUGGACACGUGCUAUGAAAAGCAACAGUUUGUCGAUGUUUCUCUCGUUUGCAAGGAUGGGACCAUUGUCAAAUGCCACAAAAUGAUUUUAGCAAAUUCGAGCCCUUUCUUCCGGCGUCUCCUUGUUGCCAACGAGCAUCCUCAUCCAAUGAUUAUUCUUCAUGAUAUCGAAGCUGACGAUCUCAAGACUAUUGUUAAUUUUAUGUACUCUGGAGAAAUUCAAGUGGUGCAGAGUGAAGUAAAGCGACUCUUGGAGAUUGCUUCGAUUCUAGAAGUUAAUGGUCUGCAGAAUGUCCGAUGCCCGACUCCCUUGAACGAGCCUACUAGUUUCUCUGGAGAGUUUUCCAGAGUAUCCGAUUGUGAGAUGGAGAGAAAUAUAAAAAUAGUGGGAACCACGAGUGUCCCCUGGAAGAAAAGCAGCUCGGAUAGUGAGGCUGGUUCCAAUUGCAGCGACAGAGGGUCGCUUCGGCCAGGAGAAUCUUUUGUAAAUUCAAGUGCAAGGAUUUCCGAGGCUAUUAACAAGCUGGAAAGCUCGAAUAGAGCGAUUCAUGAGUUUGCCAAGAGAAUCGAAGAAAGCUUUAAAAUAAUUAGCCCAUCCAGCCAACGUCCAAUCAAUUGCAGAUCGAGUGCUGCGGGUCCAUCGAAUGACGUCGACGCACCCAGCACUAGCUGCAAGAGAUCCUUUGCCCCAACGAAGUCGUUUAAAAGAAAGAGCAGUGUCGAUCCUGCAAUCAGUUGGAGUCGCAUAAUUUCAGCUAUUUCCAAAGAUAAAAGGCCUCCAGCAAAACUAAUGUGCAUCAUGGAUGAAGUGGAGAUCACAGCGAGUGAUCCAGUCUCUUGUGUCCCAUCGGAAAUUCAUGAAGCUUGCGGGCAAAGAAGGAGGUUAUCUUCGUCGAGACACGAUCCGCACAUGAAUUGCGCGGUCAUCAUUAAGGAUGAAUUAGACUUGGGUUUCGACUCGGAGGAGGAGAACGCCAGGACAGCACGGCUGGAGCACCGAGAUGAGAGGCCGAGGGAGAGAAGGCCGGUCUCGGGUCUCUCGGGCAAUGAGUUCCUAAGAGCUGCUCCUAACAGGACGGCUGCUACUUCCUUCGUAUCUAAAAGCAAGCCCUGCAGCGAGUGUCCACACAGAAAAGGGUUUAAUGGUUAAGGAUUAAUCGAUAGCAAUUUUUCAUUACCUUCCUUUC